UUCUUGUAGCAAACCACAGAGAACGAAGCGUAUCUACCUAAAACAAUGGAUCUGAAAAUGUUCUCUCUCCUUAUAGCUGCCACAGUCAUACUUUUCUGCACUGCAGAAGCUAUCCAUAUCAGCGCUAACUGUUGCACUGAAGUGUCUAAAGAUGCUACAAAGACGUUGUUGAGACGUGUGAAAGAAUAUCAGAUACAGAAGCAGGAUGGCAUCUGUGACAUCAAGGCUGUAGUGCUUCAUCACAAGAGCAAAAUGUACUGUGUGGAUCCUGAGGGCAAAAAUAUUAGGAAAUGGCUAAAGAAGCAAAAUGGCAAAUAUCAAGAAGAAGAAAAAUAAAAAGCAAAAGUUCAAGUGUUUGGAACUGCCUUGGCCAUAGAUACAAGAGGAGACUGCAUAUAGUUUUGUAGUGUGCAUUCCACAUCUGCAGGCCUACCAUCACACCGUCAGACAUCUUGGUUUGCCAAGAUACUGAUUCACAUUCUUACACUGUCAGAUUGACAUAAUGAGCAUAGUUCAGCAUUAAAUUCAAUUGUUUUAUUUACCAUUUUCAUGGCAUUAUCUGGUUUGAAUUGGUGUUCAUUAAUGGUAACUAUUCAUUCUCCAUACUAUGUGUAAACAGAAUGUAAUGUGUACAAUUAUUCUCAUUUUUUUAUUUAAUUUAAUUUAUUCAAUAACUGUGUAAGAUCACUGCACAGAAGUUAUUGUUUCUAGUUUGCUGUUAUGCAGCAUGUUAUUCUAAAGGCUCUUGCCUAUGUACUGUGAAGUAUGCAAAAUAUGAUUUUGACAAACAAUAACCCAAACUCACUGUUGUUAUUUUAUUGUAGUUUUAUAACUGAUCAAGGAUUCAUAUCUCUGAAGAUUGUUGUGUUACAGCUUCUUGAUUUAGAAGUGAUACAUUGUGCAUUGUUAAUGUCCAGCAGGCAAGAAGCGGUAUCAGAAUGAAAAUGCUCACCAGUUAUUUAGUCUGUCUGUGUUGUGUUAUCCAUAGGCUGUUAAUGAACUGAUUGCUUAGCAGCAUUCAGCAAACAACUGCGUAAGUUAAGCAAUAAUGCUUUUCAAAGUGCCUCUGUGAUACAGGUUUAAAAGACUGCAUUAGCUGUAUUUUCAACAGAUAGCACUUGCACUUGCUGACGGAUUUAUGAUUGCAACAGAAAUGUAUUAGCUAUGCUUAAGUGUUAGAUUAUAAAAGUAUUAGUAAUAAUUAUUAUUAUCUCAAGGUAUGGUGCCCUGCUGGAAUUUUUAGACAGUACAAUCUGAAUCCAGAAAAUUAAAAAACUAAGCAUGAUUAUGCAUCUGUAAUACUAAAAUGUAAAACUAUUACACAGUAAAUGUAUUUUCACAAAGGUAAGUCUUUCAACCUAAAGUGAUGGGGGGGGUUCUGUCCCCGCAGCCCCAAUACUCUAAGAUCACCGAACCUUAAAGAAGGGUGAAUUCUCUGAAGAUGCAGUACUUUUGGACUUAACAUUUACUUCCCACAACCACACUUAACUUUUCCAAUGCUCUGAGACUCACUUUCUCACCUCAAUCCUAUAACAGGACCCCCCCAGGGAUCUGUGACACUAUCCUUUCAGAUUAAAAAAGUAGCAGCAAAACCACUGUGAUGCCAGGUGCAUUAUGGCAUUAGAAACCAUUAACCUUGAAGAAAGUAAACUAAGUUAUUCACUAUUGUAGGAGUUGGAGGUCCUCACUGUCACUCAUUCCAUGUAUUCUAUGUAUUACUAGUAAAUGUAACACCCAACAUUUAGGAUUAGAAGAUAUUAUACCAGAAUAGGGGUAGACUCAAAACUCUCGAGGAAGGGGAAACAACGCAAUAAGGAGCUGGAGCACUGGGAAUCUGGUAUAAAUGAAUGCAGAGAUGAGUACCAUCAAGGCAGGUGGUUACAUCUGCACAAAUAGAAAAUAUCCCAGAACACGGCAGUUACAAUCUUGGGAUGCAAAGAACAAGGCACACGCAGAACACCAUAAAUUUAAAUAAUGUUAAAACACAGUUCAUGGUCUCACACACGUCAUGUGAGGAAAAUGCCAUGACAUAGAAUGGGUGUUUUAAGACCUCUGCUUAAGUAAUGAGCUAAAGCCCACAUUCAGGCAACAGUACUGUUGAAGCAGAAAAAAGGGGAAAGAAAAGAGAAGAUAUUGAAAUUUAAGGGCUAUGUAUGGGGAUCUGUACCAUUGAAACAGAUCCUGUUAUUCUCAUGGAAAUGGCUAAUGGUCAACUUAAGGUAUAGAUUAUUAAAAACAUAUUUUGAAGGCACUGAAAUUCCUUGGACAGCAAGGUGCAAGUUGAAAUACAAAUGUUUUAUAAAUACUGGAAAGUCUGUCAGCUAGGAAGAUGAAAUGAAGUGUGAUUCAAUGAAGGAUAUCAUGAUUCAAUGAAGGACAGCAUAAGGGAAGUCAGCAUGCAGAGACAAAACUAGUAAUAAAUGCAAUUUAUACCAUGACCCCCCCCCCAUUAAUAUUCCAAAACGU